AUGACACUUGUUGUUGUUGUUCUUCUUCUUGUUCUGUUCUGCCCCUGCAAUUCCCUCUCUUCAUCUUCUAUGGACCUCAACACAAGUGAUCUGAAUGCGGUUUCCAGAAGGGUAUGCAGAAAGAGCAUUGUAGAGUGUUUGGCUGAGAAUGAAAUGAUGGAUUCAGAGAGUAACAGAAGAAUCCUUGCAAUGCAAAAGAGGUACAUAAGUUAUGACACAUUGAAAAGAGACAUGGUUCCUUGUGAUAGAGCUGGUGCUUCUUACUACAAUUGUCAUGCAAGGCAAGCAAACCCUUACAAUAGAGGAUGUGAAGUUAUUACUGCUUGUGCUAGAGGUGUUCAAGCAUCCCACAAUUGA